GCUCCGCAAAGAUGUACUUUUGCUGGGCUGCGGGAAGCCCUCAGCCUCGGCGCCUAGAGGCGGGAGCGGGCUUUGAGCUCUUGCAGGCUGCUAGUGGGGAGCGCCACUCGCUGCUACUGUUCAGCAACCACCGAGUACACUCCUGCGGGGACAACAGCUGGGGCCAGCUGGGACAGAGGAGAGAGCAUUGUACCGAACUGCCAGAACCAAUUCAGGCAUUGAAUAACCUCCACAUUGACCAUGUGAGCUGUGGGAAGGAGCACUCUAUGGCUGUCUGCCACAAAGGAAAGGUCUUUGCUUGGGGAGCCGGUUCUCAUGGGCAGCUGGGAAUUGGAGAAUUUAAGGAAAUAAAUAUUAUGCCUAUGAAAAUAAAAGCUCUGGGCAGCAUAAAAAUAAUCCAAGUUUCCUGUGGACACUACCACUCUUUGGCAUUGUCAGAAGAUGGACAAGUGUUUUCAUGGGGAAAUAACAGUCAAGGUCAGCUGGGCCUGGGGCUGAAGUUCUGUUCCCAAGCCAGCCCACAGAGGGUGAAGUCCCUGGAGGGGAUCCCAUUGGCUCAGGUCGCUGCCGGCGGCAAUCACAGCUUUGCGCUGUCUCUCAAGGGGACUUCCUAUGGCUGGGGAAGCAAUAGUGCCGGGCAGCUGGCCCUCAGUGGGAAAAAUAUUGAAGUGCAGAUGUACAAGCCUUGUUCAAUUGGCGCCCUAAAGAAUCUAGGUGUGGUUUAUAUUAGCUGUGGUUAUGAGCACACUGCAGUACUUACCCAGGAUGGACAAGUUUUUAUAUUUGGAAGCAAUAGCUCUGGACAGCUUCAGCACAGUCCUGGGAGUGAGAGAAGAGGCCCACAACUCGUAGAAGGAAUUGGUGGCUGUGUUUCACAGAUAGAAUGUGGAAGUUAUCACACCAUUGCGUAUGUCUACACCACUGGUCAGGUGGUAUCUUUAGGCCGUGGACCAAAUCACGCAAGCAACCUGACUCUUCAGGAGGCUCCAGCAGAGAACUCUAACAUUACUUGCCUGCUAUCUGCAGAGGACCUUGUGGAUAAUGAAGUCAAACACAUUUUUGCUGGAGCACAUGGCAACUUUGUGACAACUCGUCGUCGUUGUCAUCGGGUAUUGCAUACUGCGUCCACAAGCAGUUCAGUGAAAAUCCUGCCAGAAAUAAUCCGAAUCAACCAGUCACUGGUAAAGAAAUGGACAGCAGCAAAAAGUGGGAAAGAGCGUGAAGAGGCCAAAAGAGAAAUCAGCUUGAUAUUUUCAUCUUCUGCUUGUUUGACUGCAAGCUUUUUGAAGACAAGAGAUACUGGAGAGAAUAAUUUCAUUGAAGUGGACUUAGAACUGGCAAGGAGUGUCUUCAAGAAGUUAACAUCAAAGAAAUGGAUUUCUUCCUUGAUAGCUACAUGCCUGGAGGAGAAUCUCCUCAGGGGCCUCCCAUACAGUUCUCCACACGAAGAAGCUCUGUUGGUUUUUCUUUUGCUCCCAGAAUGUCCCAUGAUGCAGGAGCCCAAGAACUGGAAAAGACUGACGGUGGAAUUUUUAAAGGCCAUUUAUAAAGUGAAUCCGAAAUCAUUAGCAUUUCUGAGGAAGUGUUGGACUUCUUUGGAAGCUUCUUCUCUGAACAUACUAGUCCAGAUGCUAAAGAAUGCCAUCAUCCCUCAGCUGCAUGAUAUAGUUACAGAGAGGCAAUAUGUCUCUACUAUUACACCUUUAUUUAGAGUAAUGAAAGAAGUGCAUAAGGCUAACUGUCAACUUCCAGAAAGUACUUUCAUCUUAAGUGAGCUUUCUGACAUCUUCCACUUCAUUGAAGUGGGAAACAAAAUAUUAUUAUUGUAUAAAAAUUGGUUACCUAUAGAAUUCUCUGAUGUUGCUCUCGGUGAUAUUAUAUUUAUGUUUGACUUGACACUCAAAAUUAACUUAAUGAAAUGUGACUCAUCUGCAAAACUGGUGUCUGAAGCUAUGGCAUCUCCAGAAAUCAUGAUACCCCCAUUCUUUAUACUGAAAGUCAGACGAAGUCACCUGGUUGAAGACACCAUGCGUCAGUUAAGACAAGCUGAAGUCUCAAACUUUAGAAAAACACUAACGGUUAAUUUUGUUAAUGAAAUUCGUCAUGAGAGUGGAGGGGUGAGUUCAGAGUUCUUCCACUGUAUAUUUGAAGAGAUGACAGACCCCAAAUAUGAAAUGUUUAUGUAUCCUGAAAAUGGUUCCAGCAUGUGGUUUCCAGUCAAUCCUAAGUUUGAGAAGAAGAACUAUUUCUUAUUUGGUAUCUUAUGUGGACUCUCCCUACUCAAUUUAAAGGCUAUCAACCUUCCUUUUCCACUUGCAUUAUACAAAAAGCUUCUGAACCAAAAGCCAUCUUUGGAAGAUUUAAAAAAACUCAGUUUUCUCUUGGGAAAGAAUCUGCAAGAAGUUCUAAAUUGUGAGGCUGGUGACAUUGAAGAACUUAACAUGUAUUUUUCUAUAUACUGGGAUCAAAAAGAUGUUGAUUUAAUUCCAAAUGGGAUCUCUGUACCUGUGAAGGAAGCCAACAAGAAAGACUAUGUUUCUAAGUGUGUUGAUUACAUUUUUAACAUCUCUAUAAAGACAAUUUAUGAGGAAUUUCAUAGAGGAUUUUAUAAGGUGUGUAACUGGGAUAUAAUCAAGUAUUUCCAGCCUGAAGAACUAAUGACAGCACUAAUCGGGAAUGAUAAUUAUGACUGGAAAAAAUUUGAAAAUGACUCACAGUAUUGCUAUGGAUAUGAAAAAUCACAUCCAACUAUUCUACUGUUUUGGAAGGCUUUCCAUAAAUUAACUUUGGAUGAAAAGAAAAAAUUCCUCUUUUUUCUUACAGGACGUGAUAGGCUACAUGCAAAAGGCCUACAGUACGAAGGAAUAGUAUUCCGUUGUCCUCAAACUUUCAGUGAAAAAGAUAACCUAAGAUCAUUGACAUGUCACAAUAUUCUAGACCUGCCUAAAUAUUCUACAAUGAAAAGAAUGAAGGAAGCACUUCAAGUUGCAAUCAACUCUAACAAGGGAUUUGUCUCAGAGUAGUGAUGCUGAAAUAAUCACCUCCCAGCAAUUCAAAUGGCCUUGGGAAUUAGGUCUUUCAUUUUUGGAAGGAAAAUAUCUUCUGUUUUUCCUUAAUCUAAUUAAUGAAAGAGGUUAAAGGAUUUUACUUGCAAUUAAUUGGACAUUUUUUGAGAAUAAAUAAGUUCUAAAUAUUUUAGUGAAACAAAAUUCUGUAAAAUUAUUUCUGUAUUCCUAAGUUUGCUAUUUUAGAAUGUUUUGGCUGAAAUACUUUCUGAACAACAAUUAUCAUUUAAUAGUAUAUUAGUAUUUAAAAUAUUCAGUAUUGGGGACUAAAGAGAAAUCUCAGUGGUUAAGAUCACUGGCUGCUAUUCCAAAAGAUCAGAAUGUAAUUCCCAGCACCCACAUGGCUGUUCAUAUCCCACCUGUAACUCCAGUCCUAGGUGAUCCAACACCCUUUUCUGGCCUCUCAGGCACUGCAUGAAUAUAGUACACUGCCACACAUGCAGACAAAACACUCAUAUAUGUACAUUAAAAAUAAACUGGACAAUAAACAAAAUGGUAAUUAUUUAAAAUGUUAUUGUAUAAAUAACAUUAAUUUAAAGAAUUCACAAGUUUAGACAUAUAAACAAAAAUAUACCCAGCUUUCAACAUGUUUUUGAAGCAUAUAGAUAUAUAUUUUGUAUUGCGGAAUAUAUUCAGAGUUCUGAUUUUAGUAAAUGCUAAAUAAUUUAUUUUCAAUAUCUAAGUUUACAGUCCUUGGAAGAUAUUUAUAUUUAGGAUAGUAUUCCAGAAGUCAUUUUAAAUGUAGAUGCUGUUAUUUUGGUAAAAUACUGAGCACAAUAAGGGAAUCAUACCUAGUUGUACUCAGGAAAGUGUGAAGAAAUUGAGAUAGUCUUAAUAUGAUGCUACAGGGUAAAUUAAUGGAGCAACAUAACCACUAU